CCAGGAUUCCGCGGGUUGAAGGAGCGUGCUGUCACCGGACGCAAACUGCAAUUCCCAGAAUUCCGCGAGACAAGGAGGUGGGUCUGGCCUCGGGCUCAGGAAGCUGAACUCAAGAGCCUGCGCACGUGCACAGGUGACGCGCGGACUCGCCAGCUGGGCAGGCGCACGGAGGCCACCUGCGAGCCCCGCGGCGGCUGACCAGACGGCGCGGCGGAGCCUGCACUCCCUGCCUGGACCUCCACGGCUCAGAGUGGGCGGCGGUGGCGGGUUCGGCCAAAGCCAGCUCCUCGGAGGGCCGGCCUGGAAGCUUCAGCCUCGCGGAGCCCGGCUGCGGGGUGCAGGCCUCUGCUGGUCCUCCGGGUGCCUGCAGGGAUGGGUAAAGCCCGCCAGGCCCGAGGUGCUUUCCAGGGGCCGUCGUCUCACUAGGGCCUCACUGCGGCGCUAGGAUGCACCUCUCGGCGGUGCUCAACGCCCUCCUGGUGCCGGUGCUGGCAGCCGUGCUGUGGAAGCACGUGAGGCUGCGCGAGCACGCGGCCUCCCUGGAGGAGGAGCUGGCCCUCAGCAGCCGAGCCCCGGAGCCCGCCCCCGCCAUGCGGAUCGACUACGCGAAGGCCCUGCAGAUCCUGACGGAGGGUGGCACGCACAUGGUGUGCACCGGCCGCACGCACACCGACCGCCUCUGCCGCUUCAAGUGGCUCUGCUACUCCAGCGAGGCCGAGGAGUUCAUCUUCUUCCACGGCAACGCCUCCGUGAUGCUGCCCAGCCUGGGCUCCCGGCGCUUCCAGCCGGCCCUGCUCGACCUGUCCACCGUGGAGGACCACAACACCCAGUACUUCAACUUCGUGGAGCUGCCGGCCGCCGCCCUGCGCUUCAUGCCCAAGCCGGCGUUCGUGCCUGACGUGGCCCUCAUCGCCAACCGCUUCAACCCCGACAACCUCAUGCACGUCUUCCACGACGACCUGCUGCCCCUCUUCUACACCCUGCGGCAGUUCCCCGGCCUGGCCCGCGAGGCCCGGCUCUUCUUCAUGGAGGGCUGGGGCGAGGGCGCCCACUUUGACCUCUACAAGCUGCUCAGCCCCAAGCAGCCCCUCCUGCGGGCGCAGCUGAAGGCCCUGGGCCGGCUGCUCUGCUUCUCCCAUGCCUUCGUGGGCCUCUCCAAGAUCACCACCUGGUACCAGUACGGCUUCGUCCAGCCCCAGGGCCCGAAGGCCAACAUCCUCGUCUCGGGCAACGAGAUCCGGCAGUUUGCCAGGUUCCUGACGGAAAAGCUGAACGUGAGCCACGCAGGCAGCCCCCUGGGCGAGGAGUACCUCCUGGUGUUCACCCGCACCCACAACAGACUCAUCCUGAAUGAGGCGGAGCUGCUGCUGGCACUGGCCCAGGAGUUUCAGAUGAAGACCGUGACGGUGUCCCUGGAGGACCACGCCUUCGCAGACGUGGUGCGGCUGGUCAGCAACGCCUCCAUGCUGGUCAGCAUGCACGGGGCCCAGCUGGUCACUGCCCUCUUCCUGCCCCGCGGGGCAGCCGUGGUGGAGCUCUUUCCCUACGCCGUCAACCCUGACCACUACACCCCCUAUAAGACACUGGCCACGCUGCCCGGCAUGGACCUCCAGUACGUAGCCUGGCGGAACACGUUGCCAGAGAACACGGUCACGCACCCAGAGCGGCCCUGGGACCAGGGGGGCAUCAGCCACCUAGACCGGGCCGAGCAGGCCCGGAUCCUGCAAAGCCGGGAGGUCCCGCGGCACCUCUGUUGCCGGAACCCUGAGUGGCUCUUCCGAAUCUACCAGGACACCAAGGUGGACAUCCCGUCGCUCAUCCAAACCAUACGGCGCGUGGUGAAGGGCCGGCCGGGGCCGAGGAAGCAGAAGUGGACGGUCAGUUUGUACCCCGGCAAGGUGCGGGAGGCGCGGUGCCAGGCGUCGGUGCAGGGCGCCUCCGAGGCCCGCCUCACCGUCUCCUGGCAGAUCCCGUGGAACCUCAAGUACCUGAAGGUGAGGGAGGUGAAGUACGAGGUGUGGCUCCAGGAGCAGGGGGAGAACACCUACGUGCCUUACAUCCUGGCCCUGCAGAACCACACCUUCACCGAGAACAUCAAGCCCUUCACUACCUACCUGGUGUGGGUCCGCUGCAUCUUCAACAAGACCCUCCAGGGACCCUUUGCAGACGUGCUGGUGUGCAACACGUAGCGAGCGGUCCGGCCAGGCCUCGGGAGGGUGGCUACUCAGGCUUGGUGUCCCUGGGCGCCCCAGCUCCCAGGGGUGGCUUCUGGGAAUUAUUUAUUUAUUGAGCAGGCCUGUGUCUCGGGUCAUCUUGUUGCCUCGGAGGUGUGGGGUUCUCAGCGCGCCUCUUUGCACAGGUGUGAUGGUACCUCCCCACCCGUUUCUCUCAUCCUGAGCGCCCAUACCCUGGAGAAGGUCCUUGAGGGGAGGAGGAAGAGGAGAGUAAGAAUCCCAGAGAACCUCUUUGGCUAAGUGAUCAUGCUGUUUCCUACGGCAUCUUUCUGGUUGGUGUCGGGUUUCUGGAAACUGCUAGUAAUUGUGGUCGUUUGGGUGGGUGGUACAUCAGCUUCCGUCAUCAUGAAAUUCACCUGUAGCCCCAUGAAGUGUGUGUUUGGAACAUUGAUUAAAUGAUUAUAAACAUC